UCAACGGGUGGGCCAGGGCCCAGGAACAAGAAAGCAAUGGGUGGUGAGUCCGCGUCAAGGGCCCUGUCUGGGGGAGCCGGCAGCAUGAGAUGGGAUGGAUUGGCUACGGUUCUAAAUCUAGCACAGACUGGUGGUGCAGUGGUGGUGGUGGUGCAGUGGUGAGCACUGGGUCGGGACCUGGUCGGGGAUCCUGGUCCUUCGUGUUCGACGCUACUUUUCUGUGGCCGAGUGCAGCGAGCCCAGUGGCCAUGGGGCCAUGGGCCAUACGGGGAGGAGGAUGGGUGGGUGGAUUUUCCGGGAGCUGGAGCUUAGCGGCCACGACCAGCCACGACCCUUGCGGGCUGCAGGCACACUUGAAGCAGGGGAUAGGCACCUGCGCCAAACCUCGUCGAGAACGACGAGAAGUUCCACGAGCACUGGGGGGAUGCAGCGGUGGCCAGCUUGGGCGGCCGUGGUUGGACGACGCUGGCCAGGAUCGACUCGCUGGUCGCCUGGGGCGAGAGAACCCAUUAUUUUCGCGCUGGCUCGCAGCCAGGCGAAGGCGAAGAAAACCAGCGCCGGACAAAGCGGCGAGUCGUGCUCGUGGAUGCUCGUGGGUGCUCGACACCGCGGCCAUAGAACGCACUUGCACCACCACUCAACAUCCAACCUCAGAGUCCACACCACCACCAGCAAAACCAUCCAGCACCACAACCACCAGCCGCCUGUCGUAUGCACAUGCACAACCCCGACCGAGCUAGCUGCGACCUGAGCAUUAUUAUCCAUACGAGCGUGGCCAUCGCCGCACCGCGUCACGUCGCCUGAAUCUGUUCCUCAUCGAAUCCUCUGCCCCCCCGCCCACCAGCGACAG